CUCCCCCUCCCUCUCCCUCUCUCUCCUCUCUCUCGCUUCUGAUCUUGAACAGCACGGCGAUGGUAACGUAGAAUCAACGAGGCAUCUUCCAAUUGCUGGGGAAAUCUACGGCGCAGAAUUAAUUGCAAGGGGGGAGCGAAAGAAAAAGGUGUGGAUUUAUUUAUUUGAUGUCUGGCGGUCGAUUUAUUUCAGUGUCGAGGAAGGAUUGUGUUUGAGAGUUCCCCAACCGCUCUCUAUGAAGGCAGACGAGGGGCUACGUUUUUCAAUGAGACUAUGCUACAAUCAUUGGCAACAAAUCGCUUCCUCUGCUCUCACCGCCGCUACAUUUCACCGGGAAGCCCCUCUCUCCUAUCUUUCUGUCAACAUGCUGCCUCGCCUUCCUCCUUCUUCUUGCCGUUUGUGACAUGACUCUAAGGAGGAGGAAAAAAAACAUUAACACAAAUAUCAAAGGGGAGCAAUCCAGGCUGGAGAGUGAAUGACGAAAAUUAGAUCCGAAGACGAACAGGGUCUAAAUUAUCCGGCUAAAUCGACCAGAGCCAGCGGGGAAUAUCGCAUAGCCUCUAUUUCUAAGCUUUUUUUUGGUCUUAUCAACUACAAAUACAUAUCUGCAGCUGGUCUAACCUUGGAAUCAUGGGCUGCAUUCAGAGUAUAACUUGCAAAUCAAGAAUACGACGGGAGAAUAUUGUGGUGUAUGACGUUUCUGCAACCAUUGAUCAGUGCCCAACAAUCAUUGAGGAGAAUUCUCUAAUUGUUUUACGGUACAAGACUCCAUACUUCAAGGCUUCCGCCCGGGUAGUCAUGCCCCCUGUACCUCGCAAUGAAAUGUGGGUGGUCGGAUGGAUUCAAGCUUGCAACCAAAUGGAAUUUUUCAACACCUACAGCGACCUCGGAAUGUCCAGCUGGGAGCUGCCUGACUUGCGGGAAGGCAGGGUUAAGGCCAUUAGUGACUCUGACGGGGUGAGCUAUCCAUGGUACGGCAACACGACUGAAACAGUGACGCUGGUCGGCCCUAUAAACAGGGUCUCUCGGUUUUCUGUCAGUAUGAACGACAAUUUUUACCCGAGUGUGACAUGGGCGGUGCCAGUGAGCGAGAGCAACGUGUCCCAGCUCACCCGGAUUAAGAGGGACCAAAGUUUCACCACGUGGCUGGUAGCCAUGAACACCAUCAGCAAAGAGAAGAUUAUCCUUCAGACAAUCAAAUGGAGAAUGCGCGUUGACAUUGAGGUGGACCCGAUCAACCCAUUAGGAUACCGCGCUAGACUUGUUGGAAGGGCACAGCAGGAACAGCCACGGAUAUUAGCCAGAAUGGAGCCCAUACCUCCAAAUGCCUUGGUGAAACCCAACGCAAAUGAUGCACAGGUCUUAAUGUGGAGACCUAAACGUGGUUCACCUCUUGUUGUCAUACCUCCCAAAUAACAACACAUUGCAGCUUCUCAAGAAAUCUUAUAAGGACCUGGUGUUAUAUAUAUAUAUAUAUAUAAUAUAUUAAUCUCCUAUUUCAUCCAGCAGCAGCAGAUGAACAAGGUUGGAUUUUAAUUUAUUUUUAUUUUGAUAUAUAUGUGUGCACUUUUUAAAAGGAAGUGAAUGAAACCUUGAUUUGAUCAUGGGAUCUUGCUUGGCCGUUUACAGGAGUCUUGCACUGUGCAUCCAAUUCUGGUAACAUUUAAUUUGUGUGUGUGUGAGUGAGUGUGUAUGUGUGAGCGAGCGAGUGUGAGUGUGUCUCUUUUGACAAGGCAACGUUCUCAGUCCAGCUGAACUGUCCAAGGUGCAGAAAUCGACAGGCUGAAAGGCUCCACGGGUUUUUAAAUGACCUAGGAUUUGGGUAGGGGCUAACUUUAACUCCAUAGUGCAGACUCCCAGUCGGACAAAAAAAAAAUGCUUCCUCCUCUGGUUACUUGAGUAUUUAUUCGACGGAUUGAUUGACAACCUUUCUGCAUGCACUUCCUCAAGCAAAUCGACGGUUCCGAGUUCCCACCACCAUCCAAUUUCCGCAUGCUUUGAGAGAAUUCGAGCCUUUAUCACAAGCGUUGCAAUCAAAUCAAUUUUAUUUUGCAAUUAUUUGGAAUGUUUUUUUUUUUCCGGGGUCUAGCAUCGAAACUUAUGAGACUGAAAACAAAAACAAAACAAGUUCCCACUUGACGCUCUGCGUUAUUCUGCUGUGAGGUUUGUUUGUUUGUUUCAAACGCGAGAUGGCUGCGAUCUUAAACAAACUGCACCACAGGUCGUGGUGAUUUGAACCGAAGAUUUCUUCAACAACAACAAAAAUCCACACCUUUUACCUCGACGCAGUUGUUUGCUGAAAGAAUUGCAGGAGCAAUGUAUUUCUGCAAUGGAUGUGAAGAUUUCAAACCAACUGAAUUGGGAAAACGGAGAGCUUUUUAAGCAAAGGUCCUAUUUUUACGAGCGGAUAUUUGUGUAUCCGAACUUGAAUUAACAUUGUCCAUCAUUGUAACUCUGGCACUCUGGAGGGGUCUGUUGCAGUACGUGUGGUUCAUCUACUUUGUUUGCAGACUGGACGGAAAGGAGUGGCCAUAAACAUACACAUGAACUGACUUGCUCUAUAUAUAAAUAGCCAUUCUCAAAAGCAUGAAGUGAGAACGCGGCGAGCAGAGGGACAACGUGUCACACACAAGUUGCGCGCACCUGCCUUCUCAGACUGAUUCCCAACCUUGCUGAGGUCUUCGGAGAAUUGGAUGAGCAAAUAAAACAUAGCCGGGGCGACGGGGGAGUGAGCGAGAGAGCGGCACAAAUGAGUAACUCUUUUACAAAGCGAGCGCCUUGAGUCCAAAGACCUUCCUUUGCGCCGUGUGAUCGGUUUAGCAUAAAUUCAGGAAUACACAACCCAUUAUGUUUAAAAACUGCAUCUAUAAUUUACCCAUCUGAAUACUGUAAAAUUGUAUUAAACGACUGAAUGUUAUGCAAAUGUGUCUUAUUACGUUGCACUUUUAUGUCACAUUUUUAAAGUGAGCUUUUAAAAAAAAUAAAACAAACUGCGGGUUGUGACCAUGGUUGUGAGCUCAAACUGGAAGAUUCUAAAAUACCUGAUUUGUAGCGUGGCUAAGCUUGGUUGUGCAGUGUGCCUUAUAAUACAGUGACAUCUGUAGCUUUCCCGCCUCCCUCUUGGAGCACAGAUGUGUUGGCAGAUGUUUGGCUUACUAAUCUGUUACUUGAAGGUUGAUUGGACAACGAGUUGUGAGUUGGUGGAUUGCAUGCAUUUCUGUAACUGAGAAAUUUGCACUUUUGAUUUUUGUUCAUUUAUACUUGAAUUGUGUCACGUCACUUUCAUUGCUGAGGAACAAUGAAAUAAAAUGCAAAUUUUUUUCUAA